UGGUCAUGUGACCCUGGGGGUUAAGUAGACACGUGACAUAGAAAAGGGCUAUAAAUCUUGUGCCCAGCUGAGGACAUCACCACACUCAACCCCAACAAGGAAAAAGAUGAACAUCGGAGCUUCCCUUUCAAUCCUGUUGGUCCUUUCAACUGUCCAUGCUUUCCAGUACAACCAGCUGGCCCAGUAUGUUGAUGAGCAUCAAGAAGAAUAUGUGGAGGCUCUCAGGGACUGGGUUGCAGUUGAAAGUGACUCCAGCAACGUUCUACGAAGGCCUGAGCUUCACCGCAUGAUGGAGAUGGUGGCUCAGAAGCUGCAACAGAUGGGAGGCGCUGUAGAGUCCGUGGACGUUGGAGACCAAGAGCUCCCGGACAGGCAGACGCUGGCGUUGCCUAAAGUGGUGACCGCUCGCUUUGGCAGUGAUCCCAAUAAGCACACACUGUGUGUCUAUGGUCACGUGGACGUCCAGCCAGCAAAGCUGGAGGACGGCUGGGCAACCGAGCCCUUUAACCUGACAGAAAUCAACGGAAAUCUUUACGGACGGGGAGCCUCAGACAACAAGGCUCCUGUUUUAGCCUGGAUGCACGCUGUGGAGGCUUACCAGAAACUGAGUAUGGCGCUGCCAGUAAAUGUGAAGUUUAUCAUCGAGGGCAUGGAGGAGACCGGCUCAAAUGGGCUGGAGGCCAUGAUCCUGGCCCAGAAAGACACUUUCUUCUCGGAUGUGGACUACAUCGUGGUCUCAGACUGUGGCUGGCUGAGUAGACGACCUGCCAUCACAUAUGGGACUAGAGGCAACUGCUACUUCUUAGCAGAGGUUCAUGGACCUAAACAGGACCUGCAUUCUGGGGUUUAUGGAGGGACUGUGAUUGAACCUAUGACUGACCUUAUUGGCAUUCUCGACACCCUCAUCAGCCCCAGUGGGAAGAUUCUGAUUCCUGGGAUACAGGAGGCUGUGGCUCCUCUGUCUGACGAUGAAUGGAGGAUGUACCAGGACAUAGAGUUUGAUGUGGACGACUACAAGAACAAGAUCGGGGUCAGCAAGCUCAUGUACAGCAACAAGGUGGACUUGUUGGCCCACAAAUGGCGCUACCCCACCGUCUCCAUCCACGGGAUUGAGGGGGCUUUCUCUGACCCCGGUACUAAAACCGUCAUCCCCUCCAAAGUUUGUGCCAAGUUCUCAAUAAGACAAGUUCCCAACAUGGACCCCACUGUGGUUGAGAAAAAGGUGUCAGACCACCUUCAUUCAGUGUUUUCCAAAAGACAAAGCCCCAAUACCUUGAAAGUUUCGAUGGUGAUUGGGGCCAAACCGUGGCUGGCCGACAUUCAUCAUCCUCUUUUUGAGGCCGGAAAAGCAGCCAUCAAACGAGUUUUCAGCGUCGAUCCUGAUCUUAUCCGUGAGGGUGGGACAAUCCCUAUUUCCAGAACUUUCCAGGAUGUGACGGGGAAAAGCAUUAUUAUGAUGCCCAUUGGAGGCUUCGAUGAUGGACUACACUCUCAGAAUGAGAAAAUGAGCAGGUACAACUAUAUUGAGGGAACCAAAUUAUUCAUUGCCUUUUUGAAUGAACUGUCCCAGAUUACAGAGGCUGCUGUGUGACUUGCUGUGAAAAAGCUCGAUGUGUCUCCUUUAGGACCUUCUCCUCCAGGAAGUACUUACAGUUGUUGGUUCUCUGGCCUUUUUUUGGUUUUAGCACCGUUUCUUCACAAUGUGCAGCAUUUCAGUCUCACUGUGUUGCAUCAGUCUUUUUGACUUUGCUCAAUGAUAUUUUCUCCUACUUUUUUUUCAUUGCUGGACUGAACUGUUAAUCACAUUAUUGUUGCUUCCUUGAAACUCUACCAUUUAAAAUGCAAUUCCUGCUUCAGCAUCAUAAAAUAAAAUAAAAAUUGCCAUACAA